AUGGAUGCUGAUAAAGAAGAUGAUCAAUUUUUGUUGCCAGGGUUUCGGUUUCAUCCCACCGAUGAAGAGCUAGUGUCCUUUUAUCUUCGCAAAAAGAUCGAGAAGAAGCUGACCGCUAUUGAGCUUAUAAAACAGAUUGACAUCUACAAAUAUGACCCCUGGGAUCUUGCAAAAAAUAGCCGGACUGUUACAGACAAAGAGUGGUAUUUCUUUUGCAGAAGAGGGAGAAAAUAUAGGAAUAGCGUAAGGCCCAAUAGAGCCACGGGGUCUGGAUUUUGGAAAGCAAGCGGCAUAGACAAGCCAAUAUAUUCUGUUGAAGAAGGACACAGCCGCGGUGACUGCAUUGGGUUAAAGAAAUCAUUAGUGUACUAUUGUGGAAGUGCAGGAAAAGGCACCAAAACUGAUUGGAUGAUGCAUGAGUUCCGCCUCCCCGCAGACCAGAAAAAUGCUACUCCCCCCACUGCCAAGGCUGCUGAUCAAGAAGCUGAAGUAUGGACACUUUGUCGAAUUUUUAAGCGAAAUGUGCCACAUAGAAGGUACACACCAGAUUGGAGAGAAGUACCUGCUAAACGCAACCCAACGAAUUCAAAACCUAAAACAUGUGAUAUGAGUCUAGAAAAUUGGGAAGGCUACAUGAGUUCUGGGGCUCCAGUUUCUCUUCAUAAAGGGAAGAAGCCUGUUGGUAGUCACAUUGAUGAAGGGAACCCACUGCCCGCAGGCCAGGUGAGCUCGAUUGUUCAAGGUUCACAACCAGAGUCAUGUUCAUCAAGCAUUUUGAGUAACGAUGCUAGGGAGUUCUUUGCACAUGGAAAUUGGGAUGAGAUCGUAUCAUUCAUGGAGCUUUCUUUUGAUCCAUCAUCUAUAAAUAAUUUUAAAAUUAUGCAUUAG